GUGGCACCCUACCUGCUGCGCCUUUGUUAGCCUUUCAGCUAUGUGGCUAGCCAGCUCAUUAAUCUAGUGAGCUGCUUAGCUGCUUAGCUAAAUUUGCUAACGUCGGCUGCCUAACAUUAAUCUGCUUUAACGUGAAGGGCUUUCAGAAUUUUAUAGCGAUCUCUACGAGCAGGAUAGUAAAAACUAUCGCCCCGAAAAUCUCCCUUUUACCCUUGGCCCAGCUUGAUGAUUAAACCAUAAACAGUUAGGGUACUUUUCCUUAUGUCGUUGGCCUCAGAGCUAGUACCAGCAAUUUCAACCCCCACACGAAACGAAACAGUCCCUUUAAAUGAUUCGAUAUACCGGUGGUUAAUGCUAACCGAUUCAGCGGCUAACUGGUUUUAGUAGCAGAAGCCACAAACUGUGAAGUGGAUGACAUAAUUUAUUUGAUCUUACAUGGGAAAGCUAGUCGAAUGGUAAACUUAGUCUGAAAUGUCGCCAUUUAAAAAAAAACAAUAUUAAGGCCUGCAAACCUUAGCACCUGAAGCAUCAUUGAGGCUAAUACUUAAAGUUGGCAAACACUUUUUUUGUGCCGGUUUAACUCAUUAGUAACCUAAAACAGUGUUCUCAAGGUGAAAGGAUAAUAAAUGGAAAUGGAAAAUCAUUUGGAAACAAAGCUGAAGAGGCGCUACUGAAGUGUCUCCUUACAGACAGUUACUGCCAUGUGUGUGAGGCUGUGCUGCUGUUUAAGUCACAGCGGCUGUCUCACUAUGAGGGAAAGAAACACGCUCAGAAACUUAAGCUGUACCUGCAGACCAAAAAAGCAGAUAAGUCAACAGGCGCCCAGCAGACCAUGAGUAAUGAUACAGAUCGUUUCUGUGAGCUUUGCAACAUGGUAUUUAGCUCACCUGUGGUGGCAAGAUCACACUAUGAAGGCAAAGUCCAUACAAAAAAUCUUCGUAAACAAAGUCUUCACCUAUCAGAGAAGUCUACAGAAGUGCAUACUUCAUCAGGUCUCCAACAGGAUCCUGAAAAGUCUCAGCAAAAACCAUCCUCAGAGGGUGUUGUGGAGCAUGAUUUGAAUCCAGCAGUCACCAGUGCUACAUGUAGCACAGAGGUUGAUUUGAAGGAUCCCAACAAGUACUGUGCCCUGUGUACUGCCUCCUUCACCAAUCCCCAUGUAGCCUUGCAGCACUACAGUGGACGCAAACACCAGAGGAAUCAGGCCAGACAGGAGCUGCUCAAACAGCUAGGACACAAUGUAGAACAAGGCAAUUCCUUGAUGUGUCAGAUGUGUGGUAUGCAAUUUAACUCUGUGGAGAUGUACCAGGACCACAUGCAGGGAAGCAAACACCAGAUAAAGGAGAAGAAGGUCAUCGAUCUAUGCAAAUCCCAGCAAAAACUGUACAGCACAUUUGCAGAUGAACUGGCUGAUUACAUUCAGGUUCAGAAGGCUCGUGGAAUCACCCCUAAGACUAAUCAGGUCCUCCCUCAGGAUACCAUGCAAAAGGGAGAUGAAGAUGAAGAACGGGAAGUGUUAAAUAGGAAGAAUAUGGUGGAACUAAAUAAACCUGUGGCUAACCUCCUUCCUACCUCCAUUUCUCCUCAUCAGUCCCACUCUGGUCAUUACUCUCCACUUCAAAUGGGGUGUUCAUCGUUUCAGGGCCCACCCUUGCCGUCACGUGCCUCAAACUACAACUAUCCUCCUCCAGUUCUUCGUAACUCAGGUCCUCCACCGGUCACUAAUUGGCCCAUGAGAAGAAGGCAGAGAAGGUCAAGCUCUUCCUCCUGUACUACCUCAUUAUCUUACUCCUCCUCCUCGUAUUCCUCCUACAGCAGUAGUGAAAGUGACAGUGAUAAUAGUGAAUAUAGGCACAGAGAAAAGAGGCAGAUUAAAACAUCCCAUAGGGAGAGAGUCAGGAGAGGAAAGGAUGAGGAGAGGAGGAGGAAGCGCCGGAGGAGGGAAAGAGAUAAUGACUCAGAGGAGAGAAGAAGAGAGCAAUCUGUUGAGUCGGAGGAGGAGAGGAGCAGAAAAAAGUCCAAAAUUCAUGGCAAGUGGAGACGAAAAGAAAAAAAAUCCCUUAAGGAAAACUUUAAAGUGGAAAGAGGAGAUCAAGUUAUGGACAAAUUAAAGCCAGAAGACAUGAUGAAGAAUAGCAAAGAGACUGAACUGCGUAUUCAGGCUGAAAUUAAUGUUAAGCAAAGGGAGGGUGGAGAGGAUGAGUCCAUUAAACCUAAAUACAGAAAAGAGAAGAAGAAGGCAAAAGAGAAAGCAGACACUAGGACAGAGGAGGAAAAGCUGUGGGACGACUCUAUUCUGGGGUGUUAAACUCUGCAGGAGCAGCUGAAGUGAACAGUAUUCUGGACUACUUUUGGCAAACAUUUAUCAUAAGCAUGACAUUGAAAAUAAUGAAAAGCUAUAUUAAAACGAUUUAAAAAAUCCUGUCAGCAGGUAGCAAAGGCCUUUUCUAUAUCUGCUUUAAUAACCGAAAAGUGUUUUCUUAUACAAGUUUGCUAGCUGGCUAGCCAUUUAGAGUCAAUUUGUAUGUCCAUAAGAAAUGAAUGUAUUUCGUUUGUAUCUGGAGGAGAUUCAGCAUUAAUUUUAUACUAUGACACUUUAUAAUAAGUUUGGUUUGUGUGUACAGUGAAUUGUUGGCUGUAAUGUUUAGCACUGUUUGUUUAUGAAGUACUCUUAACUCAUCACUAAGGUAAAUUUGAUUAUGGAUGCGUGCAUCUGGCAUGGAGUUGAUAGAUUGUCAUCCCUUUAGCAGUCUCUGGUUGGCACUGUUGAGCUUCAUCCGUUUCAUCAGUACUGAAAAUAAAAGCUCAUAGAUGUCAGAAGCUUAUUCAUUUCAUUACUUCAGAAGCUCUGUGUGUUCUCACUCUCAGGCACAAAGGUUGAAAUAAAGCCACUGACAACGUGCUGUACAGAAGUUCAGUGUAAGACGUAUUAUGAAAUGAUAUAAAUACAACAAAUACUGCCUGGCACAUGCGUUGCACCACAGCAGACUUACACUUCAUCAGUCUGCAGUGCACUGUGUGCAUGUCUAUGUUUUAUGAUUGUAUUUAUACAACCAGAAAACACAUUUGCGGUCAUACAGGUGCAGAUGUUCAAAUGAGGACAUCUCUUUACAUAACCUCAGAAUUCAGGUUGAAGAGCAAUGUGCAAACUGAACAAAGUUAGUAGUUAAAGGGAAACAGUAUCACCUACUGUCAUACUAUGAGCUAAAAAGUGGGCCACUUACACUCUUAAUCCCUACUGUCAUUUUGACUUACACGUAGCUACACAAAAUGUUCUUUUAAGUAAAUCUUAAGGUAUCUGAAAUGAGUUAUCUAAAUACUUUGAUUGACCGAGCCACUGUUCCUCUGAUGCUCUUGGAACAUCACAUCUACUCAAGAAAAACAACUUUGUGUUUUUAUCUUUUGGAUUGCUUGUGGGCUGUAUUGUUAAAUGUUCAUUGCGAGCUAUAUGUAUGAGCUUAGAUAAGAUAUGAAACUAGUUGGUGGUGGUCAAACAAGGAGCGAGUGUGAAUUUAUCAGAAAAGUUUAUAAAGAAGAAAAACUUUUAAAUCAACAUGUAUGAAAUAACUUCCCAAUUGUUGGAUGUUGAUUGGAUUGCUGGCACAAAGAAAAAA